UUUUAAGAGGCGGGCUCCCGGAAAUACAUAGUGUAAGGAUUACAGCGCUUCCUUCACAUUGAAUUUACCAUUUACACCUUGAAAUGGCAGGUAUCACAGAAACCACUUCAGAACCACUGAUCCCUGUCCUCCGCAUCAGCCAGCUGGAUGCUCUGGAGCUCGACUCAGCCCUAGAGCAGCUGCUGUGGACCCAGUUCUCCCAUUGUUUCCAAAAUUUCCGCCCAGGCCUUCUCACACCUCUGGAGCCUGAACUGAAGGCUUUGCUGCAGCUGCUCCUGUGGAGGUGUACUCUGUAUCCUGACAGUUCCACAGUUGGUCAGUCUUUACUGAACCUACGCUACCACAACACCCUGUCAUCAUCUAACAGCUACAAGUCUCUGUCCCAACGACAGAAGUUGGCUCUGGUUCUGCUAACAGUAGGCCCUCGUUGGCUUCACGAGCGAUCCCAUAACCUCCGAUUGUGCCUUGGGUUGACUUCAGGGGGCCCUGUUUCUGAAGGUUACCAAAAGGUCAUCCGCAACUCCCUGAGUCUAAUUUCCGGAGUUGUCCAUCUUGCAAACCUUGUCAACUUUCUUGUGUUCCUCAGGAAAGGUCACUAUCCAGUCCUAGCUGAAAGAAUCAUUGGAGUUCAAGCAGUUUUUAGCAGGCCAAACGUGACCCGAGACAUUACCUACCAAUAUAUGAAUCGUGAGCUGCUAUGGCAUGGCUUUGCAGAGUUCCUCAUUUUCCUUUUGCCACUCAUCAACACACAGAAACUUAAGGCUACCAUAUAUUCAGUUCUGUUUGAAGGGUACAGAAGUAGUGUGGACGGUGCACAGGAUAAACAGGGGGCGUGGCAAGAAUGCACGCUGUGUAGCGAGUGGCCAACCAUGCCUCAUAAGGUUGGUUGUCCACAUGUUUUCUGCUACUACUGUAUCAAAAGUCAUUGUAUUGGAAACAGUUGCAUCGCCUGUCCCAAAUGUGGGGCAGAGGCAACACAACUAGAUCCUGUCAAAAUAAAGGUAUUUGGCAGGCAUUAGAAGCAAAUGUGAACGUAGCACCUCUGGAAAUUGCGAUCAAGUAUUAACCAGACUUGUGUAAAUCUACAAUUCAUCCAUCUAUUUUCAGCACUGCUUAUCCUGAUUAGGGUCACGGGGCACCAGAGCAUAUCCCAGCUGACUUCAGGCGAGAGGGUUACUACACCCUAACAUGUCAGCAGUCAGUCACAGGACACAUACAGGUAGCGUCCCUGAGUGGGAACUGAACCCAUGCUGCAUGUACCAAAGUCUGGCAAGUGUGCCACCACACCAUCAGUGACUCAUGCCUAAAAAUAAUGAGUUUCUCAUCCUUGCAUUUAGCAAGUAGAACUCAUUUUGGUCAUCUUACCUGAUGUGAAACAAGAGGUUAAUUCUUAUUUCAUACUAGCUUUUUAGUUUUUUACUGUAUAGUUUAAGCCAGGUGCGUACAUAGACUGUGCAAAGACACACUGUCACUGUCUGAAGUCAAAUCAGACUAAACCUCUCCUGUUUUAGGUCACUCAGGAUCACUAAAAUUAUUUAAUUUUGCUAAGUGCCACAAUAAUGAGAAUUUCAUAGACAAUUUUGUAUUUUCUUCGAGAUCAAAAGUUGACAUACAGGUGUAGUAUUGAGUAGCUUAACUUGGAUCAAACAUUUUUGGUAACCUUCCACAAGCUUCUGACAGUGCUCUGCUGGAAUCCCCAGCCCUACAACAUAAUGUUGUCAUCUCUAUUUUUCACAGUUGGUUUGGUGUUCUCAGGUCUACAAGCUUCCCCCUUUUUCCUCCAGAUGUAAUGUUGGCCAUUAUGGCCCAACAAUUCCACUUUAGUUUCAUCAGACCUGGACUUGUCUCCAGAAGUCAAGAUCUUUGUUUUCGUCUAUUUACCAACUGUAAUGUCUUUUUUUUUUUAUGUUGCUGAAAAAAAAAUGGAAUAAGUU